GCAGAAGGCGUUUGGUGCAGCUCGGCGGAGGCGGGUUCACUCUGACAACGCGGGGGCGCUUCACCAUUGACUCACCCACAGCCGAUACCUCUACAUACACUCUUGUGUAGCAGCUAGCGGCGACAGCGGGUACUUUGGCGGGCGCUGAUCGGGUGCCAAGAAGGUUUCUAUUUUGCAGGCCACAAAAACCCGCUGGGUUAUCACACAGCACAGCGCCGGCGCCCAAUCCCGAAUUUGCUGCUAUUUCGCAGGGUCGGCUUCCCGACCUGACGUCCCCAGGGGAGCGACCCCAGAGGGCGACACUACCAGCGGGGAUUUCAACCGGACUGCCGGCAACUCCCUCCUCGGAUCGUCUCGGGAUUGUUUCUGCAUCAGACGAUAAUUGAAUACCGAAUUACCUCAUCUUCUCGAAGUGUUACGCUAGAAAAGUGAGUAAGAGAGAUAGAGGGGUGUUUUGCUUUGCGACGCUGUAGCUGUGGAGGUGUAAAGCAAAAAAUCACGUCCUCUUCACGUUGUGCACCGUGUACACUGUACUGACGUAUACCCUUCUUUCCUUCCUGGGCCCAUUGGCGUAUCUUGGCACGCUAGGUGACGGCACGUAUACACCGGAGGCGACUCACACGCCAAGGUAACGGCCUACUCCAGACGGGAGGCAUCACCACAAGGGACCCCAGGCACGGACGCACAUACUAGCUCUGCACAGAGCCUGGUGUGAUUAUUCACAACACAUCUCUUCCCCGAGACCUAACCAACGUUGUACUGACACCCCGGCUCUAAGGCUCUAACGAACAGCCACAGGAACACAUCUUCACUGUGGGAUUUUUACAGCAGCCUGCUAUCUGCGAUCGGCUUCCCGGGGACUCGCUAUGCCAAUCACCUGCCAUCGUGAGUGUUUCUUGUUGGGCUUUCGUCACAUUCACGGAUAGCAACUGCAUGAUUUGUGGGUGUGAGAAACGGUAAAGGAGUAAGUCGCCGAAGCGAGUGAAAACAUCAGGCCCGAAAAAUACGGACCAAUCAGAUUGCAGAUAGUUGAUCGUCUCUCCAGUGAUAGCCAAAGGCAGACCAGUUCCGAUUUCUGCCUGAGAUGAGGUCUGAGACUCACCGAAGCUAGUGAGAGAGUGGUGACCUUCGACCUUGAUUCAGAAGCACGGGGAUGACUAAUGGUACCGAGAUGGCUGCACGGAUACUUGCGUUUCUCGGAUUCGUGCUGCUAAAGUUGGCCCUCGGACUUGACUUCGAUGGCUCAAAAAACUCCCACGCUCGCUACGCCAACUGGAAUGCCAGCAGUAAGGGGACUCUCAGCUUUGAAUUUAGGACCACCCAGGACAGAGCACUGCUCAUGUACAUGGACGAUGGUGGUCAACACGACUUUAUUGAGCUGAUUCUCUUAGAUGGUAAAUUGCGACUCAGAAAUAAGAUUGAGGAUGACAACCCGGUCAAAAUUGAUCUAGAUACUGGAAGCAAACUGAACGAUAACCAGUGGCACUCAGUAGAAAUUGUGAGAAACUAUAAAAUGACGACCCUUUCUGUGGAUGGGAAAACAAAAACGGGAACGUCAGAGUCAGACGGAAAGAAGAACACCUUAGUGAGCGAGAGCGACGUGUUCUUUGGGGGUAUACCCCUGGAGGUCGAUCUGAACGACCUCUCCCUGCCCUCCGCCAUGUUUGAACCACGUUUCACGGGCUCGAUUCGAAACAUUCGGUUUGGAAACGAUGAGCCCAAGCUGAUCACCAGCCAGGGGACGAAGGAGGUUCGUUACAUGUGCGCAGAUAGCAGCCCCUGUAAGAACGGUGGGAAGUGCAUAGAUGGAAAUACAAAACUGACCUGUGAUUGUACAGGGACAGGGUAUGAGGGAGACACCUGCAGCAAAGAGAUCAAAGCAAUUGACGUGGAAGCGGUCAUGUUAGCUGAUGGAGCAUACUAUCAGCCCAUGCCAGAUGCUUCCCUAGACUACCAAGAUGACUCCGUAGACAAUUAUAGAUAUCAAGCCAUGUCCCAGAAGAAGAAAUACAAAGCACAAGAAGCUGUAACUGCCACGUUCCGAGGCUCAGAGUACUUCGUUUACGACCUGUCUGGCGAUCCCAUCUCGAGCAGCCACGACGAGAUCACGCUCGGAUUCAAGACCCACCAGCGCAGCGGCCUUCUUUUCCACACGGGGACCGGUCAGGACUAUGUCAACCUUUCCCUGAAAAAUGGCGCGGUUUCCCUGGUGGUGAACCUCGGAUCCGGUGCUUUCGAGACGCUGGUCGAACCCCUAGAAGGCACCUUCAAUGACAACCGCUGGCACGAUGUGAAGGUCACUCGGAAUCUGCAGCAGCAGUCGAACAUAGGAUCCGCUAUGGUUACGAUUUCAGUAGAUGAAAUCUUCACGGAGACGGGCUUCACGCAAGACGACUUCACCAUGCUGGGGACGGAUGACUUCAUCUAUGUGGGAGGGAGCCCCAGCAGCGCCGACCUGCCGGGAUCAACCAUCACUAACAACUUCAUGGGAUGUCUCAAGCAGGUGGUGUACAGAACUAUUGAGCCACAGGAGACGAACCUUGACCUCUCUUAUCUGGCAAAGUCAAACAGCCCCAAGAUGAAAGCCUACGGCAACCUUGAGUUCACCUGCAAUGAGGUGUCUCCUCUCGACCCCGUGACCUUCCUCACGCCUGAGUCUUACCUCGAGCUACCCACCUGGACAGCGAAGCAGACUGGGACGAUAUCCUUUGACUUUCGCACAAAAGAAGACAAUGGCUUGCUGAUGUACAACUUUGGAACUGUAGAACAACCAGAUUUCUUUGCCUGUGAACUUUUAGACGGCCAUCUUUAUGUCAUGUUUGACCUUGGGUCGGGGCCAGUGAAGGUCAAAGCCACCCAGAAACCCCUGAAUGAUGGAGAGUGGCAUCAUGUGGACAUCCAGCGGGAUGGCCUGAGCGGUAUGGUCGUGGUGGACUCACGACUCAGCAAGUUCUCUGUUCCUGCCGGUAGCUCGCAGCUGGGACUCAACAGCAAGUUAUACGUCGGCGGAUACGGCACCAGCUGGAGCGCCCUACAGCUUCCCAAAGAGAUCUGGUCAGGCAAGCUGUACUACGGCUUUGUCGGUUGCAUGAGGGACAUCUACAUGGAUGGGCGCAGCCUGGAUAUAGCAGCCAUUGCCAAGCAGCAGGGUGCAGUAGGUGUGGGAUCCUACUGCCGGCCCAUGCCUGACCAGUGCAGCAGCAGGCCCUGUCAGCAGGGAGGGAAGUGCAAGGAGGGGUGGAACCGCUACAUCUGCGACUGCUCCAAGACUGUCUACUCUGGCAAGAACUGUGAGAAAGAGUCGACCAUGCUGACGUUCGCCGACGGGCAGUACCUGACGGUGUCGCUCCUGGGACCGGUUCAGACGGAAGCGGAGGACAUCACGCUGCGGUUCAGAACGGCUUCGUCGUACGGACUGCUCCUGGCCGUCACCUACGAGGGGGGUCCGCAGGAGAACGUGCUGAUGAUGGAGAUAGAGGCAGGAAGGCUGAAGCUCACCUUCAAUCCUGGCCCUGGUCCAGACUUCUUGUACGGUGGGGAAGGUCUGGACGACAACAACUGGCACACAGUGCAACUCAGGCGCCGUGGUCGGCAGCUUAAUCUUCGGGUGGACGAUUUAGAUGUACCCGCUAUAUAUCCUUUCCCAUUGGGGUCAGGUUUCUUUGGUGAAAGCUUCCAAAUGUUACAAUACCCGGAACCUGGUACCGUCUCCAAGUCGAGCGCUGUCCUGGACUUCAACUCCAUAGCCAUCGGCAGUCUCCAGAAGGCCAAACCUGAUGGCACCUCUCCGCCCAGCUUUGAGGGUCAGAUGCAGAACUUUGUUUUCAAUGGCAACCCCUUCAUCGAGAUGGCCAUGUCGGGAGGGGUGGACACGAUUCAGACAAACGCCCAGUUUGGCAAAGGCACCAAAGUGAUCGGGAACCCCAUCACCUUCCGAGAUCAGGCCAGCUAUGUCAAGCUUCAGACUCUGGAGGCCUACUCCAGCAUGAACCUGGUCUUCAAGUUCAAGACGACGCAACCCGAUGGGCUCAUUAUGUACAAUGGUGGGGACGGAAAUGACUUCUUAGCCCUGGAAUUGGUGAAGGGGUACUUACAGUACGCAUUCAAUCUGGGCGAUGGGGCAACCAUGAUGAAGGGGAAGUCGGACAUGCUGAAUGACAACGAGUGGCACGAAGUCAAGAUCACUCGUGACGAGAACUUGAACCACCGGCUGACUAUCGAUGACUUUGCGGUGCAGAAGACGACCAAGGGUUCCAAGAACUUGGACCUGAAAGGAGAGAUGUACGUGGGAGGGUACCCAGAGCAGAAGUACAAGGAGCUGCCGCUGAUGGUGGAGGCGCGGGCCAAACAGCUGGGCUAUCAGGGCUGCCUGGCGUCCAUCAACCUCGAUGGGAAGUAUCCAGACCUACUGAAGGACAACAAUCGGUUGAGAGGAUCCAUAGUAGCUGGAUGCGAAGAUCUGACCAACUCAUGCGCGGGCGAUCCCUGUAACGGUGGGAAGUGUAGCCAGCAGUGGAACAGGUAUGAGUGUGACUGCGGGAUGACAACGUACACCGGACCAACUUGCGAAAACGUCAGCACCACGUAUGAGUUUGGACCAGCAGGAGGUCUCAUCACCUAUGAGUUCCCCAGGGAGUCACGCCCCAACACCAGGAUUGAUAUGCUGGCUGUUGGAUUCACCACCAGGGUCACCCAGGCCGUCCUGGUCCGCAUCGACUCUGCAACAUCAGACGACUUCAUGGAGAUCAUGAUUAAUGAUGGACUGCUCGUAGCCACGUAUAACAUGGGCACCCAGGACCAUCCCGUUUCUGAAAAAUCUAAGAAAGUGAACGACGGAAGUUACCACAUUGUACGGUUCUCGCGUAUUGGAGCAAACGCGUCCCUACAGCUGGACAACCUCGCUCUCAACGAGAAGAAACCGCCAGUUCCUAGCUACUUAUCUUCUGAGGACAGGAGUAAACAACUUAGCGUCUUCAACAGCCAGGCCUACAUUAGGCUUGGAGGGCGCAGCAGCAGUAACGGACGAUCCAGACGAGGCGUCGACAAGCCCUAUUUUGUCGGCAUGCUGUCGGGUUUCUACUACAAUGACAUCAAGGUUUUGGACUUGGCACGUCAAAAGGAUCCCCGAGUUAAAGUAGAGGGAGAUGUGAAGGCCGUCAAACCCCCAUCCAUGCCCACCCGGGUGCCCCCCCUCCCCGUACCAUCGCAACCUCGCAAACCUGUGCCCCCGUCAGACGAGGAUGACAUCCUCGUGAUGUCAGGAUCCGGCUGUCAGAGUGACGACGAAGAUGACUGUGAUCCGUCGCUGGGAUCAGGAGGGAAAGGAGAUGAGGGUAUCAUCAGACCUAUCAUUAAUGGGUCCCCCACAGUCAAGCCACCCAAACCGCCAAAGAGCACGCCGAUCGUUCCCACCCCUUCGGACCCGCCGGACAGUUGUGACGACGAGGACGACCCAGACUGCGACGACGGCUCAGGUUCAGGGGACGGCUCCGGUACCACCACCGCGAGCACGGACGGCGUCAGGUUCUCCGUUACCACGACAACGGGGGUAGGAAAGCAGACGACGCCUCCCUCGCUUCAGCCAUCUCCUCCACGCCAGCCAGGCCUCCCACGUAACACGGUGCCGAGAGGUAACGGCCAGAUUCCAUCGACUAACGGGGUCUCCAACGUCAUCCCGCCACUGUUCCCCAAACAGCCUAUCAACGGUAAACCGUCCAAUAUCGUCACGCCAGUAGAGCCCGGGAACGAGAAGAGCCCAGUCCAAAACCCCGUCCAGGAACAGCAAGUGGCGGACACGGCGAGCACGACGGGCAUGGUGGUGGGCAUUGUCGUCGCCGCAGCCAUAGCCCUCCUCAUCCUCCUCUAUGCAAUGUACAAGUAUAGGAAUAGAGACGAAGGCUCCUACCGGAUAGAUGAAAGUCGAAACUAUAACUUCCACACAAGUGGGUUACCAGCACAACAGAAUGGCUCAGUCCCGAAAGAGAAACCACAUAAACCAGUAAAAAAGAAAGAUUCGAAAGAGUGGUACGUAUGAGGUGCCAAUGUAAAGAUCAUAACCCCCCCUCCCCGUCAACUCUAUUAGGUCCCUUACUGUAUCAGUUGUUGCAGUAGACCAGGAGUGAAAAGUUGAAGGAUCACACUAGAAAUACAGAAUAUUGAAACAACAGAAACGCAUUGUUUGUCUUGCCAGAAUGGAGAGAGGGGGCUGUUAGCUCAUAGAUAAAACUAUUCUAAAAAUUGACCAAAGUCAGCGAGAACUUUUGCCACAUGCCACUGUAAUGGUGUAGUCCUACUUCAUUGUAGCAGGUUUGUAGUGUAUGUCAGCAUUUCAUGUGUAUCCCUUUACAAAUGGCUUUUAUCCAAAAAAUAUCAUAAAUAGCUGUAUGCAACAUACAUAUCUUAUUUAAUAUCAGUCUUCUCGUGUCCCACUAUGAAACAAGGAGACUCAGUGGUUUACUCAACAUUUGUGUACGAAAGGCCCAUUUGGGAUUUUACAAAUAUUAUAUUUUGUUUAUUUAAAGCAGAUUUUGAUAUUCUAUCCAGGUAUCGGACUGUAAAUGUGUAUGAGCUGUAUACCAUUCCACACCAUCCAUACUUUACGUUAGUACAGACUAGCUGAAUUUGUAAACGUAUCAAAUCGAAGGAACUUGGACAUGCGAGGGUUAAUUGUUUUUGCUUCCCUGGAGGAAGUGAUGUGACAUGUCAACAUUCCAGUAUUCCCACCUAACUUGACUCGAUCACCCUCUCAGGAACAUGCAGACUCAAGCCUUGUGCCUUUUCACUGCUUUAAAAGAUUUAAAACAGAUGCAUACUGGCAAUCCAACUGGUAACACUGCAUGCAUUUCAUCACUUUUGUGAACUGCAUCUGUAGGAUAUAUUGCUAUAGCUGACAAUCAUCGAGAAAGCCUCCAAAAGUUGUUUUUGUCUUGACAAUCUUUAGUAGCCAUUCCGGCACGUCUCAAAUUUUACUCCACAUCAGCUGUAAAGACAACGGUGCUAACAUUCUCUGAUACAAUUUGUUUACCUGCACUGUUGUGUUCCUAGCAAGUUGUGUAAACAAAUGCUAUGUACAAUCUCUGGGGAUGGUUUACUUGGGGCUUGUUCCUGCAUGUUCCUCCACCCGAAAUCUUGUCUCCUGAUGUGCCAGUUGUACUGUUGUCAUGUGGAGGCCUAAAUGGAAGUGAUAAUGUCCAUUUCUUUGUAGCCUCUCAGCCAGUACAGAAGCGGAGCCCUCCGUCCUUGUGAUGAUGUGUGCUUACAUAGGUCUAUAGCAAUAUUCCUUGUAGGAAUAGCACAGUCAGAGGCAAAAGCUAUUUGGCUCGCCCCUGAGGCAUCGCCAAAAAUAUCCUGGCCAAUAUUGGACUGCUAUAAGUACAUGUAAUACGUGAUGUGACACAGUUCUCGUUCCAAAAAAAAAACGACGAAGACAAAAAAAAAACUUCUGUAAGAAGCGACACAAACAUUGGUUACGUUGAGAGAAAUGUAUAAAAAAAUUAUGAUGAUUUGAGGUCCCCAUUGCUAGCGCACCAUGUAUAUAUAUAUAUUUGUACGCUCUCUGUUGGUUGGAGCCUUAGGCAGUCAGCAGUGUUAUAUGGGGAACUAGUGAUAGCAAAGAAAAACAGUACUAUCGUGUGCAAGAAUGACCAGUGUAAUAAAUAGUGUGUGUGGAUCAAUCCAAGCUUUAUGUACUUAAAGAGCUAUACAGAAUUAUGUUAUACCAACUGAAUGUUUAUAUGGUGUCAUUUUUUAAGUUCAAGAUCAAAGAACGAUUAUUUGUAGCUAUGUACUGUGUUUUAUAGAAGAUUAAAAUAUGAAGAUGUAGCAAUAA